CUGACUGCCAAUAGCAAUUCAGUCUCCGCCUGCAUGUGGGAAACCUUUUCAUUCUAUGCUCUGUAGUUACUGAAUCAUCAAUCAAACUUCUGUAGUUAGUAGAAAAAAAUAUCUUUCAGCGAAUACGGGUUUUAAUAUUUCAAUUUCAGGUUUUCAAAAACAUGAGAAGUAGAGAAGUUAUUGCACUGUUUGUAUGGAUGAACUGUCUGUUCACUUGCUGCAAAGUCAUAGCAACUACUGAAUCACCUACUACAAUAACUCCAACUGUUGAUUGGAAGAAAACUGACUACAAGGACAUUGAGAGUAAAUUUUCUCUUCGGACGCCGGAAGAACCAAAUGAUGAUACUUGUUUUCUCAUCCCUGGUCAGGAGCAGACUGUCAGAGAAUGUCAUUUUAAUCACACAAGCAAAACCUUUGUAAUUAUCCAUGGCUGGACGGUAACUGGCAUGUAUGAGAGCUGGAUUUGGAAGCUUGUGGAUGCUCUAUUCAGGAGGGAGCCAGAUUCAAAUGUUGUGGUGGUGGAUUGGCUGACGCGAGCACAGCAACACUACCCAGUGUCAGCGGCUUAUACUCAACUGGUGGGACAGGAUGUUGCAAGUUUCAUUGAUUGGAUGGAAGAAAAGUUAAAUUACCCAGUGGACAACAUUCACAUAUUGGGAUACAGUCUGGGUGCUCAUGCAGCAGGAGUUGCUGGAAAUCUGACUAACAACAAAGUGAACAGGAUAACAGGUUUGGAUCCAGCUGGGCCCAGAUUUGAAUUUGCAGAAACCUCUGUUACUCUGUCUCCUGAUGAUGCAGAUUUCGUGGAUGUGGUGCAUACUUACAGUGUGGGCACCCCUGACCGCAGCAUAGGCAUACAAAGGCCUGUUGGACAUAUUGACAUUUAUCCCAAUGGUGGGAACUUUCAGCCAGGCUGCAAUAUUGGAGACACUAUACGGCUUAUGGCAGAAAAAGGACUUCGUGGAUUCAUAGACAUGGACCAGAUUGUGAAAUGCUCUCAUGAACGUUCCAUUCACCUCUUCAUUGAUUCUCUUCUUCAUGAAGAAAAGCCAAGCAUGGCCUAUCGCUGCAAUUCAAAGGAGGCCUUUGAUAGAGGACUUUGUCUAAGCUGUCGGAAAAAUCGUUGCAAUACCUUAGGUUACAAAGUCAAUAAGAUACGGGGAAAAAGGAGUGUAAAGAUGUACUUGAAAACUGGUGCUCAGAUGCCUUUUAAAGUUUUCCACUAUCAAGUAAAAGUGCAUUUCUUUGCAAAGAAGAACCUGACUGUAAUCAACCAACCAUUCCUAGUCUCCUUGUAUGGAACAAAUGGGGAAAGUGAAAACCGACCACUUACACUAGCUGAAAUGUCGACCAAUAAGACCUACUCCUACUUAAUUUAUACUGAACUAAAUGUAGGAGAACUGCUAAUGCUGAAGAUUAAAUGGGAGAAGGACUCUUACUUCAACUGGUCAGAUUGGUUCACAACAUAUGCAUUUGAUGUUCAAAAAAUCAGGAUAAAAUCAGGAGAGCUACAGAAAAAGCUAGUAUUUUGUCCCCAGAAUGGGAAACAUGCCACUAUCACGCGAGGAAAACCAUCAGUGGUAUUUGUUAGAUGUAAUGAACACUCCGUCUUGAAGAAACAAGACUGAUGUGAAAAAUAUUCUGCACUUCAAAGCACAAAUUGUAUCAUUUGCCGUUACUGAAGCUCUGAAGAACAAAUACAUCUCUGUUACUCAAGCCAUAAUAUUCUGGCCUUAAAUUAAGUCUGAACAAAGUACAUAUCAUAUUAGAAUAUUAGAAAUUGGUAAAUAGACAAGACAUAGCAGACUGUUCCUUUGUAGUGCAAUAUCUGGGGAAAAGAAGAAGAGGCAAAGUCAGACUAUGAUCCAUAUAGCACCCAUUCCUGAAUAGGAGCUGUAGAAUUAUGCAUAUUUAUUUUGGUUAAAAAAAAAUGGUUACAAACAAAAUGUAGUAAUAAAUAAUAUAAGUUCUGACCAUACUGUAUGUGCACUAGAACUAAAACUAAACAUGGAAACUUGAAAGCCAUAUAUGUAUUUAAGAAAGUAUAUCUGUGUGAUGCAUUAUACCAUCUGGCUAUGAAAUCAGCAUCUCUCAUUUUAAACUGAAACCAAUGUUCCUUUCUGCCACAAAUUAGGUUUUUAUAACUGUUCUAUACAGUAUUUUCCAUGAGAACAUGCGUCUUAGUCGCAAACAGAUGCGACAAGCCGCUUCAUGAAACGGAUUAUUUCAUAUGUGACACUUAUAUAUCUCUGUGAGUCUGAAUCCGUAUAUGAAAUGCUACAAUGCAGCAGCCGUAGCUUUUUUUCACGCCAAGUUCUGUUGUGCUUCGUAUACAGACUCAGAUGUACAUAGAGGUUAGGUGUAUGAGGAGUCAUCUGUAUUAAGAUGUUGAAAUAUUUAUGAUGGAAAAUAUUUUUUCCCCAAAAGAUGACUCCCAUGAAUGUAGGACAUAAGCAUAUUUUGGAUAGAAAAUAGUUUUUCAAUAACCAUUACUGUUUUGAUCUGUAGAACAUGCAGGUUUUUUUUAAGACUGUAGCUUAUUACAUUGCUAAUUAGCUCAGUAUUGUUACAUAUUUAUUGUAAGUCUACUAGUUAACACCGAGAACAUUUAAUCAAACUAUAAAUAUAUAGUUGCCUAUGUAUCAAGCUUUUUUUCCAUAAAAUUAUGUAGAAACUAAAGUUUAUGCAUAAUUGUGUGGUUUGUAUGUUUGUGUGGUUUGUACAUUGUAUGUACUAAUAGCAUAAUGCAGGAGAUUAUUAUCAAUGGAGACUAUGAGCUGACCCCUACUGCAUGUACUAAACCCUGAAAAGCAAAGCUUUUCAGAGGUUGGCCACGUAAGUUUACACCUUCUUCAGAUGGUGUAAACUUAUUUUAGCCUAUGGAGGCAUGAUAGCAGGAGAGAGAUCUUUCGGUCUCCCUCUCACAGACACAGUCCAGCACCAUGUCAGAUUACCCUGGAGGAGUUUUUUGCAAAUGUGAAAAACUCCUCUAAAAAUGCCAGGGAAGUAACUCAUAGAGACAGCAGUUGUUACUACCACUGUCUUUGCAGGUUUCCCAUUGUAUAUAGUGGGGAUAUUUUCAUUAAAAUAAAAAUAUCCACCACGAAACAGAGUGUUUAUAAUCUUGACAGUGUCACAUUAUUAAUACACUAGUUACUGACGGAACAACAUAACAGUAACGUCAGCGCCAGCAGCUGUGCGCGCCCGAACAGAGCAACACGUCAUUUGCUCUUCUGGCCCCAUCUAGUGGCCGCUGGUGGGCACAAAAUUCCCCCUAUAGGGGUGAGUAGCAGCUUUAGCCUUUUAUUAUAUAGGAUAUGCCCCUUAAUGUUAAUUGACAUAUUUUAAUUAAAUAUAUACUUUAACAUCAAUAAUUGUUGCAGUAAGAAAAAAUCCUUUAUCAUUUAUUAUAUCCCCUAAUAAAUCCUUAAUAAAUGUGUAUUAUAUUGAUUUACACCAGGUUAUUUUAAAUCAGAAAAUGAUUUACAUUUUAGAAGUUAAUAAUUGAUUUCAGUCAUAACAAAUAAUUUGUGCAUGUAUGAAAAAAAAUGAAUGAAAAAUUAAAACUGCUUGAAAAAACAACAAUGUAUUGCCAAUUGAAUCUUAAUGUGGGGAGGAUUUAUAUAACGUCAUAUAUAUUAUAAAGACACAGUAGAGUUUAAUUGAAAAGACUGAUCUGUACUGACUGGUCCUGUAUUGAAUUUAUGAGCAACUGGGCUUAUUGGAAAUACUGUACAACUAUAGAGUAGCAGCCUGUUUAAAUAUGAAUGUGUUAUACUUUUGGGGAAUGAGAGAACAAUGACUCUUCUUACAUAGUUAGCUAAGAAGGGUACAUUCCUGUUACAUAUUUAGUGUUCUGUAAUAAAAUGCAAACGAUUACUCAUGUAUUUGUCAGUGUUAUAAGAUGAAUUUUUCAUAAACAUUUUAUUAAUUAGACUUACCACUCCUAAUAAUACAAUACAGUAAUCAUUUCAGAAGCUUGUUUUUAAUUUAAAAUUAUUUAAUACAAUGCACAUUAUUAUAUUUAAUAUACAAAACAUUUUCAAAUAAUAUUAGAAAAUGGAAAUGUUGUAUUACAAUUUCAUGUUUCAGAAAUGUUGUAUACAGGACUAUUAUAUUGAGAAUUUCUUAAUAUCUCCAAAUCAAAUUGUACCUUUAUGCAUGUUUUCUGCAGUCACAGAGAUUGCUAAGAAACAGUUGUAGCAAUGUUUUAACUUUAAACAAAAUCUUAAAUGAUAGGAUUAGGGCCUAAUUCAGACUGGAUCGCUGCAGCGGCAGCAAUCGCAGUCUUAAUCCCUAUGUGGAGUGCGCUCACCCCCCCUCCCCCCCCCGGGUGCCGGUGAGAUGAUAAAAGUAUCUCAGGGCUGCGAUCGCCUCUGCCUGACUGAUAGGCAGAGGCGGUCGUGGGGUGGGAGGGGAUGUGCCAACGGCGUUAGAACGCCGUUGGCGGGGCGUGGUCUGGACAAUGGAGGCGUGUUUAAAAUUUAAGCAAAGCUUAGUGUAUGUAUUUUAACAGAAUAUUCUGAUCAAUAUUUCAAUAUGACCUAUUACCUUACAUGCAGUACAGUGGAAGCCAGAAUUAAGUAUGCUAAGUGAAUAAAACUGAGAAUGCAUUCUACAGUAUCAAUUCACUAGUAACCAGGGCAUCACUAAAGCCAUUCAUGAAUAAUGUACAUACAGCAGUCUGACUAAUUUUUAUGAUGUACUUGGUCCUAGUUUAGUGAAUGAAUUUACUAGGACCAAGUACAUCAUAAAAAUUAGACUGCUGUAUGUACAUUAUUCAUGAAUGGCUUUAGGAACAUAUAUUUUUACAGCUGCACUUAAAAAAUAAAUAAAAAUAAAGUGAUAAUAAAAUGUACAUUUCUUACAAGCUAGAAUCCACACUAGUUAAAUCUCAAAGAUUCAAACUGUGUUUUUGACACAGCAAACUGAAGAGAAACAUUAAAAUACUACCUAGUCACACCCAAAUAUUAAAGGUGUGGUAUAGUAGAGAUUACCACUGCAUUUCCUAUAAGCUGCUCACAACAUCUUAAAUACAAAUUCCAUAUGUUAAAUAUGAAGAAUACUAAAUACCUUAUGACAUGUCCUACGAACCACUCUAGUAUGCUCCCCCCCCCCUUCUCCCCCCCCCCCCCCCGCCUUAUAUAUACAGUGGUCAUGAAGGCUGUCUUAUUCCCAUCAACCUGACUCGGGAGAACAUUUCCAGACCAUCUGAUACAUUGGGGUUUUCUCAUCACUCCUGGGGUUGCCUUUUUUUCAUAGAAGUGUACUGGUCAUCAAUAACAAGUUGUCCUCAAGAGCAAGGGCAGCCCAUCCUGAUGUGGCAGAUAUUGGUGACACUGCAACAUACUGUAGUAUCAUAUGAUUAUCUAACAGUAGGUGCCACUCACUCUAAUAUAGGCUGCAGAAUGAAGCUUGGCUAUAAGGCCUUUACCAGAUGUAACACCAGUGUUGUAAAGUUUGUACCUGGUUGGAAGCAGGACAGAAAAACUAAACAUAUUUGUGUUAUCUUAUUAAAAUAUUUUUUUCUAUAUGC